UUUAACUAUGAACACCUCGAAAAGAUACAUAUUUACAUCUCCAAAGAAAUAAUACCGUUGUUACCACGCUACAAUUAGGCUCACAAUUAAGAACAUCGUUAAGGAAAUAAACACGACGUUACUUACAUGAAAAAUUGACAACAACAUUAUGAACCAUUUUCAACGACAUCUUAAAGAGUAUCUUCGUUCUGUAAUGACAUAAAGAUUAUUUGGGGUCAUUAAUUGAGGAUGAUGCAUAAAGAGUACGCAAUCCUACUAUUAAUAAACGUCGUUCAACACCGAUCAGUCACGAUCUAAUUAUUAGCCGAGAGGUGCUGAUUGGCCGUUCUCAAUGUGGCAAUCGUAAGGAAAAACUACAAAAGAUAGCAGCGCGCUUGACCGGCCUAAUUUUUCUCGACCGUUUCGUAGCAACUGUCACCUCCGAUCGUUCGACAAUGAAAAAUCUGUGAGUAACAAAAUCAGGGUAUCUCCCAUAAAAACAAAGUCCUGUAUCUAACACACUUAACUCCACAAACACCGAAAGAAAUACAAUACGACAAUCCUUUCUAUUCAAGGUAGAUGUUGGAUGAAACAUUAACAAUACCCAUACAAAUACUCGAAAAACUAGAUCCGCCAACUCGUCAAAGUGUACAUUUCGAAGAAGCAGUUUGUCGGUGGUCGAUAUCUCCCAGUGAAGAUCGAUACUUGUGAUAUUAUACAUUGUAAUAAUAGCAAAGACAGAAUUCGCAGAAGGAGGAAUCCAAGCUUUGAUAAAUCUCAAAUAUAGGUUUGGAGAAUUUAGAAUUAAAAUUUUUACUCGAUUGAAAGAUUUAAUCGGUAAACAAGACGAUCGAUACAAAAGUUUCAGCGAAGAGAGCAAUACUUCCAGGAAAAAUAAAAACGAAGAAUAUUUUAAGACACUUCCUAUAAGAGCUUCGGAAUCAUAUGAUACUCUACUCGAGAGAAAUAAUUUGUCAGAAAUCGCUUUGGAACAAACUGAGGGAAAUUUUGCUACAGAGAAAACAGCUUCGCAAAGAAGAAGAGACGUCGAUCAUCUUCCAAGAAAUUCUCUUCGUACGAACUCCUCUGCCAAUCAGAAGAAACUUUCAAACAACUCUUCAAGUAAAUCGAAAAACUUGUGAAGAAUCCUUUAAGGAGAAAACAAUUUCCAAAGAGCGCUUAAAGGGAAUCCUCGAGUGAAUAAAAAAAAACCUAUCUACCUAGAGAAACCGAAAAAACCGCGACAAACAAACAUGUCAAGCUACAUGCCGCCAUUGCACGUGCCUUUGGAGCCAAAGUGGAAGCACUGGCCCACUUACAUUUACGACAAGAACUACAAUUACGGGAUCAAUUUCUAUCAACCGAUGCUGGAUCACAUCGACCGGCAGGCUCGAUGUUCCUCGUUGCCACGCGAUUAUUGCGUUCGCAAAACAGAACCACCGGAAUUACCCUGGUCAGAUGGUAGAGCGUUAUGGGAGAGCAAACCUAUUGAAACAUAUUCGAGACGCGAGCUGAUCAGACGGGCGAUCGACGCGGAGGACGAGGCCAGGGAUCAUCUGUCCCAGUUCAAGAUAGCGAAUCGGUCCGACUUCAGUUUGUCGAAGACGGCGCAGGCCAGCCACGUGACUAGAGAAGUAUUUCCACGAAAAUUUGAAGAAUUCAGGCUAAAACCGUUGCCCUUGCUGGUGGAUAGUGCACGUACCAAAGCUGAAGCUAGACAGCUGGAACGUGAAAUGGCCGACAUCGAUUUUCGAUCGCUGAGAGACGUGCAACACAUGUCCGAGGUACAGGACGCCCUCGAUCAUGGAAGAAGUCUGCGUGGUAAAUCAGCUAGAGCGAUCGAGUUCCAUUUAAUGGCGGAAGCUAUGAAGAACUUGAACAAGAGUCAAGAAUUGGCUGAUAUUAGAAAGUACCAGAGGGAGACUGCCUCCGCGAAUUAUUCGUGGGACUGCAGAGAUCAUCUGAAGUUAAUGGAGGAGAGAACGAGGAAUUUGCUCGACGAGGAUAGAUUGACCGCGCCGUUGAACAGUCUGAGCAGGGAGCUGAAAGGAUACGAAGAGAAGUCGAGCAACUACUACCUGGACAAGAGGUAUCGACACCCGACCAGACCGAGACGAUUAUACGGAUGCCUGGGAAUCAGGCCCGCUUGAAAGGAUGGAAAUUCUAGUAGAUUAGUUUAACCGUGUGGGUAAGAGUAAUGUGACACGGAACAAUGAAGAGAAUAAACGAUAAAUGAGAAGUAAUUGCACUGUCGUUUGAUUCUCAGAAGCUUGUAAUUGUAGAUUAGGCGAGUAACAACUUGUUGAAGAAGAAAAUGUUUUGAUUAGAUAAA